UCCUCGAAAGCUGGGCAUUUGUGCACCUUUCGUGUUCUCUCUUGCAGAUCUCGGCGCGAUGAGGCCUCGGGCACUGCACGGCGUCCUCCCGGGCGCGCUCUGUCUGGCGCUUUGGUGCCUGUGCGGCGCCCUCGGGCUCUGGCGGAGUGGCAACCAUGAGUGGAAAAAACUAAUUAUGGUUCAUCACUGGCCUACAACAGUGUGCAAGGAAAUUGAAAACGACUGUAGCAACCCUCCGGACUACUGGACGAUACACGGAUUAUGGCCUGAUAAAAGUGAAGAAUGUAAUCGAUCGUGGCACUUUAAUUUAGAAGAGAUUAAGGACCUUUUGCCAGACAUGAAGAUAUACUGGCCUGACGUCACCCAUCCACCUAAUCACAGCCAUUUCUGGAAGCAUGAGUGGGAGAAACACGGGACGUGUGCAGCCCAGCUGGAUGCCCUCAAUUCCCAGAAGAAAUACUUCGGCAAAAGUCUGGAUCUGUAUAAGGACCUUGCCCUGAACAGCAUGCUCCAAAAAUUGGGGAUAAAACCCUCUAUCAAUUACUACCAGAUUUCAGAUAUUAAAGACGCCCUUGCCAGUGUAUACGGAGUCAUACCUAAAGUCCAGUGUCUUCCACCAAGAGAGGGUGAGGAGGUGCAAACCCUCGGGCAGAUAGAGCUGUGCCUCACCAAGGGCCUGCAGCUGCGGAACUGCACGGAGCCUGGGGAGCCGCGGUCCCGCCGGCGGGACGCCUGGCCAGCCAGGGCCACCGGCCAGGGCCCAGGGCUGGAGGUCUGUGAGGACGGCCCCGCCUUUUACCCGCCACCUGACGAGACCCAUCACUGACGCCCCAAUUUUGGAAAUAUUUUCUGUUAUGAAAAGCAAGAGAAAUCCACAAACCACUGCUUUUUAAGAAGCAACUUUAAAGUGAAAUCCGUUUGCAGCUUUCUUGAAUGUAAGCCUGUUGGUUUUGCUUUUCACUCCGUGUCUGUGAGUUGAUUUUUGUGGCACAUGUAAGGAGGGGUGAACAUCGGGUACAUUGAAAGAAAGGAAAGCUCCCACGCCUGAGUAGCUGCUUUGUAGUUGGAAUAAAGCUCACAGUUUUUUCUUU